AUGGACAUAUUCCCGGAGGACACGGUGUCGUCGGCGACAUCGUCCCUGUACUCGCCGUCGCCGCACGGGUACGGCUCCUGGGUGCAGGAGCUGAGCCAUGACCAGCAGAGCGUGCGGCUCAUCAGCCUUCUGUACCAGUGCGCCGCCGAGGUGGCCGCCGGCGCCUUCGACCGCGCCAACCACUGCCUGGAGCAGAUCACGCAGCUGGCCUCCCUGGACGCGCCCCACACGCUGCAGCGCCUCGCCGCCGUCUUCGCGGACGCGCUGGCGCGGAAGCUGCUCAACCUCGUGCCGGGCCUCUCGCGCGCGCUGCUGUCCACGGCCAACUCCGCCGAGGCGCACCUGAUCCCGGCGGCGCGCCGCCACCUGUUCGACAUGCUCCCGUUCAUGAAGCUGGCGUACCUGACCUCCAACCACGCCAUCCUGGAGGCCUUGGAGGGGGAGAAGUUCGUGCACGUCGUCGACCUCUCCGGCCCGGCCUCCAACCCGGUGCAGUGGAUCGCGCUCUUCCACGCCCUCCGCGCCCGCCGCGGGGGCCCGCCGCACCUGCGCAUCACUGCCGUGCACGACGGCAAGGAGUUUCUCGCCAACAUGGCCGGCGUGCUCGCCAAGGACGCCGAGGCGCUAGACAUCCCGUUCCAGUUCAGCGCCGUGGAGGCGAGGCUCGACGAGCUGGACCCGGACGCGCUCCGGCAGCUCCUCCGCGUCAGGUCCGGCGAGGCGCUCGCCAUCAGCGUGGUGGCGCAGCUGCACCGGCUCCUGGCGGCCGACGACGCGGGCAGGAGGCACGUUCCGGGCAGCAGCUGCCUGACCCCGGUCCAGAUCAUCGCGCGGUCCAGCCCGAGCAGCUUCGGCGAGCUGCUUGAGCGGGAGCUGAACACGCGGCUCCAGCUAAGCCCCGACUCGUCGUCCGUGGUCUCGUCGCUGUCGCCGCAGUCCCCGGUGCUGCAGGCGGCGGCGGCGGCCCAGCAGCAGCGGCCGGCGGCGGCGAAGCUGGGGAGCUUCCUGCAGGCGGUGCGGGCGCUGUCCCCGAAGAUCAUGGUGGUGGCAGAACCCGAGGCGAACCACAACGCGGCGGCGUUCCUGGAGCGGUUCGAGGAGGCGCUCAACUACUACGCGUCGCUGUUCGACUGCCUGGAGCGCGCGUCGGCGGCGCACCGGUGCGCGGCGGAGCGGGCGCGGGUGGAGCGGCUGGUGCUGGGGGAGGAGGUCCGCGGGGUGGUGGCGCGGGAGGGCGCGGAGCGGAAGGAGCGGCACGAGCGGCUGGCGCAGUGGGCGCGGCGGAUGGAGGGCGCAGGGAUGGAGCGGGUGGGGAUGAGCUACGGCGGCAUGAUGGAGGCGCGGAAGCUGCUGCAAAGCCUCGGGUGUGGCGGGUCGUACGAGGUGGUCCACGACGCCCCCGGCGAGGCCUUCUUCUUCUGCUGGCACCGGAGGCCGCUAUACUCCGUCUCCGCCUGGAGGCCCGCCGCCGGCCGGCACAGCGGCGGCCGGCUCGUCGGCUCGUAG